CUACUGGUUCUCUCGCUAGGCAACCCGAAGGAAUACGACGGGACCCGGCACUCUGUGGGCCACUACGUGCUCGAGAAACUCGUGUCCCGGUACCGGUGCCAGCAGGAACGGGUCGGGCGCUUCGAGAGCCACGUCCUCCACCACAGAGGCCCGGAAAAUAGCUGUGACGUGUGGUUCUACAGGGUUCCCGGCUACAUGAACCUCGCCGGGAAGAGCGUGGCACCGUUCUACGACGCGUUCUGCAGACAGGACCCGCAGACGCCGACGCCGGUCGUGGUGCUCUUCGACGAGCUCGACGUGGAGCUCGGCGACGUGAAGAUCCGCAAGCGCAACUCGUCCCACCGGGGCCACAACGGCCUCCGGUCCAUCCAGAGCAGCUCCCGCAUCGGCAAGGAGUACACGGGUCUGCAGCUCGGCAUCGGGCGCAACUACGCCGGCGACAAGAACACACCCGGCGUCGUCGCCAACUACGUGCUCUCCAAGUUCUCCGGCGCCGAGCGGGAAGUCCUCGACGAUGAGGUCGUCGGCAAGGUCCAGGACAUCCUGGAGCAGAUGUGUGAGCAGGGGAAG